AUGAAGAGAGACAACCUCUCCGGAUCCAAUGUGAGCUCCGUCUCCGCUACCGAAGAGAUUGUCGAAGACAAUCAGCCACAACCCAGCACAGCAUCCAGCGCAACCCUCUGCGGACGAGAUCAAGAAGGAUGCCUCCCCGACAUCAUCCCCACACUCCCCGGCCUACCAACCCGCCCACCCCGGGGCUUCCCCUGUCCAGGCAACUUACCCAGGGACCGCGCCAGAUGGUGCAACUACGACAUCAACACGGACUACCACAACAUAGUACCCAACACCGGCGUCACGCGCGAGUACUGGUUCACGAUCGACGAGAUGGAGAUGGCGCCAGACGGCGUACCCCGCCAGGUCAUGGCCGUCAACGGCUCGAUCCCGGGUCCGACGAUCAUCGGCAACUGGGGCGACCACUUCAUCAUCCACGUCACGAACCGCCUGGACCAGGCCCAGAACGGCUCCAGCAUCCACUGGCACGGCAUCCGCCAGAACUACACCAACCCGCACGACGGGGUUGUCUCCAUCACGCAGUGCCCCACGGCUCCGGGGUCGACGACCACGUACAAAUGGCGUGCUGUCCAGUACGGGUCGUCUUGGUGGCACUCGCAUAUUGGUCUCCAGGCGUGGAAUGGUGUCUUUGGGGGUAUCAUUAUCAAUGGGCCUGCGUCUGCGAACUAUGAUGUUGAUAAGGGGAUGGUGUUUCUCAGUGACUGGUCGCAUCGGACGUCGGAUGAGCUCUUCAACUAUGCGCAGACGGAGGGUCCGCCUACGCUGGAUAAUGGACUCAUCAACGGGACGAAUGUCUAUGAGACCGAUGAUGGAGAGGUUGGGGAGCGGUUCAAGUUGAAGGUGGACCGUGGCAGGUCGUAUCGACUGAGACUUGUAAAUUCGGCAAUCGAUACUCAUUUUCGGUUCAUGAUUGAUGGUCAUAAUUUAACUGUCAUUGGGAUGGACUUGGUUCCCAUCCGGCCGUUCCAGACUAACGCCGUCAGCAUUGGAAUGGGCCAACGAUACGACAUCAUCGUCACAGCAAACCAAGGCACAGGCUCCGACUCCUUCUGGAUCCGCUCCAUCCCCCAAGAAGCAUGCUCUGAAAACGACAAUGUCGAAAACAUCAAAGGCAUCCUACACUACGGAGCCGAGCCAACCGAACCAACAACAGAAGCAUGGGAUUUUGUCGACUCGUGCGAAGACAUGCCCAUGGACACCCUAGAACCAUGGGUCGCAAAGACAGUCGCAGCAGCAGACUGGCGCAACGUAACAGACGUGGAUUUCGGCUUCAACGCGAACAACCUCGUCCGGUGGUAUUUGAACAGCACGACGAUGGAAGUCCUCUGGGAGAACCCGACGCUGCAGCAGCUGCACAACGGGCAGACGGUGUUCCCGAAUUCCAGCGCCGUCAUCUCCCUCCCGGACCCCGACGAGUGGAUUUACCUGAUUAUCAACACGACGUACCCCGUCUGGCAUCCUAUCCACCUCCACGGGCAUGACUUUUAUAUCCUGGCGCAGGGUGUCAACCCGUGGGAUGGGGUUGUUAAUACGGACAACCCGCCGCGUAGGGAUACCGCUAUGCUGGACGCCAUGGGGUACCUGGUGAUUGCGUUCCGGACGGAUAACCCCGGGGCUUGGCUGAUGCAUUGCCAUGUUGGGUGGCAUACCUCGGAAGGGUUUGCGUUGCAGUUUGUUGAGAGACAGAGUGAGAUCCAGCCGUUGAUUGAUGCCAAUUUGAGGGAGCUGGAGGAUACUUGCCGUGCGUGGGUGAGAUAUGAUGAGCAUUAUGACAUUGAGCAGGAGGAUUCAGGAGUUUAA